CCUUUGAGCAUGCACGUGACUAAAGGGACACAAAUAUGGCUUCAUGCGUCACCGAUCAACAAAUUUCUUUUCUAACCUGAUGGACGUACUCCCUUGAUUCUGGUAUGCCAUUGUCUUCUAGCUUCCUAUCAAUACCUAUUUGGCUCUGGGAUUUGAUUGUACACUUUUAUUCUAUAUACGGCCUCACUCUUAUCCUCGCAACCCUUCUAAUGUCGGGCCUCGCCUAUCGUCACAUCUCUCGCACUUUUUUCGCCACACCGUCGCGUCUCAAUUUUGCUGAAGGGAAAGCUGGACGCGCAGCAUCCUCUAGUCCGUCCAGGAAUACAUACCUGAAGGCCAGCCAACAGACAACUCCCCACCCAGGUCAAGCGUAUCCAUUUCGAAAACCACAACCGUACGAUGCAUUCCUCGUUAUGGACUUUGAGGCGACUUGUAUAGCUACCUCACGAUUCAAUUAUGCAAAUGAGAUUAUUGAAUUUCCUGUUGCAUUACUCAAAUGGGAAGACAAAACUCCCGAUGGAACAGCUAGCCAGCUAGCCAUUGUAGAUGAAUUUCGUUCAUUUGUCAAACCUACGUGGAAGCCCAUUCUCUCAGAAUAUUGUACAACUUUGACUGGGAUAACACAAGCGCAAGUCGAUGAAGCUCCAUCGCUUUCGGAAGUGUUUUCGUUGCUCAAAGUAUUUAUGGCAAAACAUAAACUCAUUGACAAGGAUACGGAGCAAACUCUGACCCGUUUCUGUUGGUGUACUGAUGGGCCAUGGGACAUUCAAGACCUUCUGCUAAAAACGUGUUUCAUCUCCAAAACCCCCAUGCCAGCUUGGAUGCAAGGUAACAUUCUUGACGUUAGAGCACAAGUAACGUCUUGGAUGCAUACCCAGAAUCCUGGAAACCGACCCCGUCCUUUGGGCAUAGUACGGCAGUUAAACGCUCUUGGCCUGCCAGACUUCGAAGGCAGCAUGCAUUCAGGGAUUGACGAUACUCGCAACAUUGCUAGAAUAGUCAUUGAGCUUGCGCGCAGAGGUGUUGCUCUCAGACCGAACUUAGGCAUAAAUGUUCACCGCCGUUGGCCCUGGAUGGGGAAAAAUGGCAAGGUUAUCGAAGAGUAUAUUUAAUCCUGUUCUAAAUUGUAGAAGUUUUACGCUACAGCGCCGUUCGGCGGCUUUUAUCGGGCUAAUAGCAGAGCACAA